ACCUCUGGGCCAAAGCCGGAGCCUGCCAGUCCACUCUCUGCUUCCAUCAGAGCAACCAUGACAGUGAUUAUUUCGGGCAUUGUGUUCCUGGUGUUGCUUCUCUGUCAGGAGCAUGGAGUUACUGGGGUUCCUCCUCAGCUAAGAGGUCACCAGUGCAGGACAAGACCCACAGAUCUGGUUUUCAUCAUAGACAGUUCCCGGAGUGUGCGCCCCAGUGAAUUUGAGCAAGUCAAGGUCUUCUUGUCCCAGGUCAUUGAGUCACUUGACGUUGGACCAAAUGCUACUCGGGUCGGUGUCGUUAAUUAUGCCAGUGCAGUCAAGAAUGAGUUUUCCCUCAAGACUCACCGUACCAAAGCUCCCUUGCUGCAAGCCGUGCGGAGGAUUGAGCCUCUUUCCACUGGGACCAUGACGGGCCUGGCUAUCCAAUUUGCCAUCAACAGAGCAUUCAGUGAAGUAGAAGGCGCAAGAGUGAGAUCACCAGGGGUUAACAAGGUAGCUAUUAUAGUAACCGAUGGGCGUCCCCAGGAUGGAGUGAAGGACGUAGCAGCCAGAGCAAGAGCCCUUGGGAUUGAAAUUUUUGCCAUCGGCGUGGGCCGUGUAGACAUGCCCACCCUGCGACAGAUUGCCAGUGAGCCCCUGGAUGAGCACGUGGACUAUGUGGAGAGCUACAGUGUCAUUGAGAAGUUGACCAAGAAGUUUCAAGAAGCAUUCUGUGCUGUGUCAGACUUGUGCGCCACGGGAGACCACGAUUGUCAGCAGAUCUGUGUCAGCACGGGUGCCUCAUACACGUGUGCUUGUAAAGAGGGGUUCACACUUAACACCGAUGGGAAAAGCUGCAGUGCCUGCAGUGGGGGAGCCGCUACAGACCUUGUUUUUCUGAUCGAUGGGUCCAAGAGUGUGAGGCCUGAGAACUUUGAGCUGGUGAAGAGGUUCAUCAACCAGAUUGUGGAUUCUCUGGAUGUGUCAGACAGAAAUGCACACGUUGGCCUGGUCCAGUACUCUAGUGCAGUCAGACAGGAAUUCCCACUAGGGCGAUUCAGUACUAAGAAGGAUAUCAAAGCAGCAGUGAGGAAGAUGUCUUACAUGGAGAAAGGGACCAUGACGGGCCAAGCACUGAAAUACCUGGUGGACAAUUCCUUCGCCAUCUCUAGUGGAGCCAGACCGGGAGUUCCAAAGGUAGCAAUUGUAUUUACAGACGGACGGUCACAAGAUUACAUCAAUGAUGCAGCCAAGAAAGCCAAAGAACUAGGCUACAAGAUGUUUGCUGUUGGAGUCGGAAAUGCCAUCGAAGAUGAACUGAGAGAAAUCGCCUCCGAACCAGUGGCAGAGCAUUAUUUUUACACAGCCGAUUUCAAAACUAUCAACCAAAUUGCAAAGAAACUUCAGAGUAAAAUCUGUGUUGAAGAAGAUCCAUGUGAAUGUGAAGCCAUUCUGAACUUCCAGGCAAAGGUGGAUAACCUCAUAAAGGCACUGACACAGAAGCUGGAAGCUGUGACGAGAAAACUCGCUGCCCUGGAAAACAGGAUCACAGUUUAAAAAAAAAAGUAGAAUGUUAUUUCUUCCCAACAGAAAACAGCAACACCAGAAGGCUUUUACUUAUAUGGAUGAGCAUUUCUUCUUGCAGUGCUACACCUUAUAUUUUAACAAAAUGACUUUUCUAGCUGCCUUCUUUGGAAGAAGGGGAAAAAAAUUUGUAACACUAGAAUAUCAUGGUAAAGCCCUAUAUGUCUUUGUGUACCAAAAUACAUUAAACUAUCCCUUGCAUUAUAGACUAUACAUAUAUUAAAUACCUGGGAGAAAUUGUUUUAAUCUAAAGCUUAAUAUAUACAUCUAUAAUGUUUUGAAUAUGUACUUUGUAUGGAGUUCUGUGAACGCUUGCUAGGUUCUGCGCCAUCCUUUCCGUUUAAGAGCUGAAUAUGACCCACAUGACUCUGAAUGUUAAGAAAACAGAAGAAGAAAUAGCAGAUGUAUAAUUUGUUUAUAAAGCAUUUAUCUCUGAGUAGCAGGAACAAUGAGUAUUAAUUCAGGCACACUCGCUGCCUCCUGCUGCAAACUCCUGCUGAUGAUGUUCAUUGCAAACUGUUUGGAUUACAAAGAGCUUCAGGCAAAGUUCUGCUGAUCAGUCAGCAAUCUGACAUUGUACAAAAUCAGGUCUGUUUUUUUUUUAAAAAAGAAGGAAUUCUUCCAUGGAUUUUUAAAAUAUUUGCAUCUUGGUUUCACGAGCAUGAUGCAACAUCACUGCUUCUCAGCGCCUUCUUAUCUUUUUGGCUGUGUGUCGAGUCACGGCAACUCAAAAUGUUUUCAAAGCUAGGGACGUUUAGGUUUGCUGUUGUGCGCCUUGGCGUCAUCCAUUCACUCAUUCACCUUUAUUGGUAUGACGUAAUAUAUAGUGAAAAUUUUAAGAUUUAAAUUAAAAAACUAAAUAAGUAUGGUCCACUUUUACAGAAACAAAUUUAAAAACACCAUCACGUAUCUCCUAUUUUUAGCACAACGCAAUGUUACGGCUUCCUGCAAAAAAUCUGGCUACCCUUUCGCUUUAUUCAAGAUUCGAGUUGUUCAAAAGAAAUAUCAGCAACAGAAUUGGGAAGUCCUGUCCUAUGAACGAGAAUAGGGCUUAUAUACUUUGCUGGGAUCUUCAGAUAAAAAGAUAAUAAAGUAGAGCGUGCUGAAAAGUUUCAGAGCAGCCUACUUCACAGGGGCAAUGCCUUUCUGAACGUGCUGCAUUUUUGGUAUCUUCCAUAAAGAACUGCAGAUGGCAUAAACGUUGAACCUAGCCAAAGAUAAGGUUCUACGUUGAUUUGAAUUCUGGAGCUGGUAAAAAUAAGUGGCGAUUUGACCUACUUUAAAUGGGAUACCUCUGCGUCAUGACCCUGGUGUUCCUGGGGAACCAGAGCCAAUCCUGCUUAGUUUCCAUGAUCUUAUGAAAUCGAGCUAGCCAAUGCUAGCCAGGUCAGGGAUCCUGACUCUCAGACUGUACAAUUCUCUCAACAGCUUUAACAUCAAGAUGUGCCAACACCAGGAUGCUGCUCUCAAAGACCCUGGCUACGAAACUCUCUCUCUAGACUAUUGCCUUUUUAGUGUUCCCUGCAUAUAUCUGAAUGUUGUUCCAUCCUUAGACCAUAUUCAAGCUGCAAGCAAGUAUGGCCUCAUUUGAGGUUUCUGUCAUUUCAUAUUCACAGGCCCCGGUCCCCACCAACCAAAUAGUAACCAGUCCCACCUAGGUAUGCCAAAGAAUACUUCACCACUGCACCCCUCUAAAUGUGAGCAUACGUGGCCGGGGCUUUGGUUAAUUUUGUAGUCGUUUGUAUCAGGAUAUUUAUACUUGAGAAUAUGGAAAAGGCAAAUUAUUCAGAAAAUGUUAUCACGACAGAUGUUUUUGCAUUAAAAACAAUUAAAGUUUGCUGAAAAGCUGAGAAUGGA